AUGGGUGAACACUCAAACGCGACAAUUUGGCACUCGAUCAAGGGCAACCCCAAGGUCUUGUUCAUCGCUCUAUUCGCCUCCAAGGUGUCCUGGUCGUUGGUCAUGACCCGAUUCACUGAGAACUUUCCGACCGUUGUCAAAUCUGCUGGAGCCACCGGCUGGCUUACUUCGAUCCUUCAACUGGGCGGUCUUCUCGGAUCUCUUACGGCCGGCGUUCUGAGCGAGCUCAUCUCGAGAAAGUACACUAUGUUUGUGGCCUGCUGCUGGGUCAUCUUGGGCAGUUUUCUCUAUGUCGGUGCUCAACCUGGCAUGCCAUCGCUUUUAUAUGCCGGCAGAUUUUUCACUGGUGUCGGUGUUGGACUUUUCAGUGGUGUCGGACCGCUUUACAAUGCUGAGCUCUCCGCUCCUCAUAUGAGAGGAUUGCUCGUCUCCUUCUACCAACUGGCAACCAUCCUUGGCAUCAUGCUUUCUUUCUGGGUUGGUUACGGCAGCAACUAUAUCGGUGGCACUGGCAGUGGCCAGUCGAAUCUCGCAUGGCGCCUCNCUUCAAUCAUUCAAGGCAUUCCCGCUGUCUGUCUUGCUGUUGGAAUCUGGUUCAUGCCAUUCUCGCCCAGAUGGCUGGUUAAGAUGGGCCGUGACGAUGAAGCCAAGAACACGCUCGCAUGGCUGCGCAAGCUCCCAAUCGAUCACGAUGAAGUCGAUGCCGAAUACCUCGAGAUCAAGGCGGAAGCACUGUUCGAGCAGAAGGCCUUUGCUCGCGACUUCNCUGUUCUCGCCGAGCAGCGCCAGAGCCGCCUCAAGCAUCAACUUGCACAGUACCGUAUGUGCUUCCGAUCGAAGGACAACUUCAAGCGCAUCUGCACCGCAUGGCUCGUCAUGUUCUGGCAACAGUGGUCGGGCAUCGACGCGAUCAUAUACUAUGCGUCUAACGUAUUCAUCAGUCUCGGUCUCACUGGUGGCACGAAUGCUUUGCUGGCCACUGGUGUCACUGGUGUAGUAUUCCUCAUCAGCACUAUUCCUGCCAUGGAGCAAAGGGNCGCUUCAAUCGGCGCUUCGUCGAACUGGCUCAACAACUUCGCCAUUGCGUUCUUCGUCCCUCCCAUGUUGGAGGCAUGGCAUUGGGGUACGUACAUCUUCUUCAGCGUCUUCCUCGGUGCCGCUAUCCUGUGGGUGUGGUUUUUCCUUCCCGAGACAAAGAAUGCCACUCUGGAAGAGAUGGACCGUGUGUUCAAGAGUCAGGCCGGUGAGAGAGAUGCUGCGUUGCUUGCAGAGGCCAAGCAGGAGCUCAGCAUGCUUUCAAUUAGGAUGGAGAAGGGUGAAAAGGGGCAUAUGGAGGAGGUUCAAGUGGUGUGA